CUAGGUAGGACGCCCGCUCUUGCAAGAAAGCUUAAAUGAAAAGUUUGCUGCUUCACUAUGAUGUCUGGCCUGAGUCUCUAAGGCAGGUCAUUCCACAGGAUAGGGGCCACCACAGAGAAAGCCCAUGUACGGGCUGCUGCUGACUUCACCUGUGUGCAGCCUGGCACCUGCAGGAGACCCUGUUCAGAUGAGCAAAGCUGCCGUGGAGGAACAUAGGGAGGGCAGCGGUCCCGGGAAGUGAUCUGUGUCGCCUGGGAGAUCACCAGCUAUCACCUGGAGGCUGGCAAGCCGCCCCCCCUCUCCCCUGCCGCAACCCGCCUUAGAGUUUCCUUUUGCAACUCCUAUGCAAAGAGGGGCGGGAGCUUUCGAAAGUUUCCUCUUGGGAAGCGCCUCAGUCAGAACCGCAGAGCGAGAGCCAGAGAAGAAGAGCUGCGUCCCGACGACUGGGUCCGCCUGCUGGAGGAGAGGUGGCGGGACUCCAACUCGGCCCCACGGAACCGGAAGGGGCGUGAGGAGGAGGCGCGCAGGCCAUGCCUCGGGGGGGUCCGGACCCUGUGACUUUUGAAGAUGUGGCCAUGUAUUUCACAAGAGCGGAGUGGGCCCUGCUGGAUGCAAAGCAAAGAGCCCUCUAUAAGGAGGUCAUGGAGGAAAACUACGGCACCGUGGCCUCUCUGACUACAGCGGCAGGACACCCAGUUCCAAAACCAGAGCUGAUCUCCCGCCUAGAAGGAGGGGAGGUGCUUUGGCUUCUGGAUCCACCAGAGAUCGCAGAGAGGCAGGUGGCUUCAGACUCCAGCUCAGGCAACAGCCAUUCAAGUGAGAACAAAGAGGAGUGUCCCCCUCCAAAGAAAAAAAAGAAAACCUCAUUGCCCAGAGCCCAGGAGACUGUUUCCCGACCUCAAAAGAAAGGAAAAAGUUCUAGGAUACCUGGUGGACCAGCGAGACCUCAGAGAAGGCAGGCUGGGAAGAAAAGAGUUAAAACCUCUCCUCGCAAGGAGAACAGUGGCGAUUUUAGUGAAUUGACAGACCAAAGGAGGAGUCGCAAGAAUGGGAAACCAAAGGCCCUCGCAACGCAGGGGCAAGAAUCCUUCUCAAAAGAUGGUGCUGAGCAUAUGAGAGAGAAGAAGAGAUCUCUGAAAGCAGAAAAUUCUCCACUGGUGACCGUAAAAGGGACCACAUUGCAAUGGGAUAAAGGGAGACAAUGUGGAACUCGGGGAAGGUUGGGGAGGUGCCAGAAGAAUGGCAGUUUUCGUGCGGAAAGCCAAAAGGAUCUGAAUGACACAAGGGUCCAAGAGAGGAGUCAUGUGGAUGAGACACUGAAGCCACUCAGACGACAGGUAAGAACCUCCAGCAGGACGACCCAUGCAGCAAUCAAACCGUUUCGGUGCCCAGACUGUGGGAGAAGGUUCAAGUAUAGCAAUUCACAUAUUAUACACAUGCGAACCCAUUCAGGAGAGAAACCGUAUGAAUGCUCAACCUGCAGGAAAACUUUCAGCAACAUGUCAAACCUUUAUAGUCAUGAGAGGGUGCACACACAAGAAAGACCCUAUCACUGUUCUGCUUGUGGGAAAACUUUCAAGGCUGCUUCAUACCUCAAAUGUCACAAAAGGACCCACACUGGAGAGAAACCAUAUCCAUGUCCACAGUGUGGGAAAAGGUUCAGGAGUACAGGGCAUCUUCUUAGACACAAGAAAACCCACACACAAGAGAAGCCGUUCAAAUGCGCGCAGUGUGGAAAGUGCUUCCAAGAGAGAAAAAGCCUUGCCACUCAUGAGAGAAUCCAUACGGGGGACAAACCGUAUAAAUGCUCAGACUGUGGGAGAUGCUUCAAUUGCCAGUCAAACUUUACUAGGCACAAGAAAAUCCAUGGAGGAGAGAAACCACAUAAGUGUUCAGAUUGCAGGAAAAACUUCAAAACUAAUUCAGACCUUAGACAGCAUCAAAGAAUCCACACUGGUGAGAAACCUUACCAGUGCACAGAGUGUGGGAAAAACUUUCGGUGCAGCUCAAACCUUGUAAGGCACAAGAGAACUCAUCGAGGAGACAAACCAUAUGAGUGCCUGGAAUGUGGCAAACGUUUACGUCAUAAGAUCAGCCUUAAUAAACAUCAGCAGAGAAUGCAUAAAUAUCAGUGCUUAGAUUGUGGGGAAAGUUUCAGCCAAAGUUCAGCCCUUCAACGUCAUAAAAGUAACCACACAGGGGAGAAACCGUUUAGAUGCUCACGUUGUGGGAAAAGCUUUGAUCAGAGAAAAUUACUGACUCGGCAUGAGAGAAUUCAUACAGGAGAGAAACCUUACAACUGUCUAGAAUGUGGGAAAGGAUUUAUAACAAAAUCUAAACUUUUUCGACACGAGAAAACUCACACAGGAGAGAAACCAUAUUCUUGUUCCGAGUGUGAGAAGAGCUUCAGUGAAAAAUCAAACCUCAUUCUACAUAUGAAAGUCCACACAGGAGAGAAACCAUACAAAUGCUCCCACUGUGAGAAGAGUUUCAGCCAGAGGUGGCUUUUUGUUGCGCAUGAGAAAUUCCACCCGGGAGAGAAAUCCUAUGAAUGUUCAGAGUGUUGGAGAAGCUUCAACAAUCCCUUACGCUUGCUGAAACAUCAGAAGAUCCACACAGGAGAGACCCCAUAUAAAUGCUUGGAGUGUGGGAAAAGCUUUUCCUCAAUGCGAGAUCAAUACUCUCAUCAAAGAAUCCACACAGGAGAGAAGCCAUACCAGUGUCAGGACUGUGGGAAACGGUUCCGUAACCAGGCAUCCCUGACGGUACAUGAAAAGAGCCACACUGGAGAGAAGCCAUAUAAAUGCAUGGAGUGUGGCAAAAGCUUUAUUUUUAGUUCAGGCCUCAUAAGUCACCAUAAAAUCCACAUAAAGUCAUUUAAAUGAGGGGGAAAGUUCCAGAAAGAGGAUUGAUCUGCAUAUGAGAAAACUCACUGAGGAUAAGCAAAGCAUUAGACAAACAGUCUGAAAGAGAAUCUUCUGUGUGAGGCCAAAGAUAAUUCAUGAAGGGCUGGAGAAUCUGUUGCAUAUUAAGCUUUCCUCAACUCAGUUUCCCCUAACAACAGGGCUCAUAUUCUCUUUUUAAUUCUAAUGGGCCUGCCUCAGCUUAUUCUGCUUGCCAACCCCAUAGCUCUCUGUGCCCACAGUAAAAUUUUACGGGGGCUAACCCCAAAAGCAGGGGUUUGUUUGACAUUUUGCUUGACAAAAAAUCCUAUUAUGACAAAAAAAAUCAACUAGAAUACCUGAAUUUAAAAACCCAGUGUUUGGAUUUUAAUUAGUUUUAUUAAGAAAUUUAAACAAAUAUUAUGUAUUUUGGGUAUAUAUAAUUAGUUAGCUUGUAACUAUUAUAUUCACCUGUUUUACAUCUAUAUGCAUAUGCUAAAGAAGCACAGUAACUAGUAACGAAGGAAUGAAAUUAUCAUAUCUAGAUGCUGAAAUUUCCCUUUGGUGUGACCCCAUUGGAUUCUUAGUAUGGUGUUGUAUGUUAAGGGAUUUUUCUGAGGACGCCUCUCCUAAAAUCCUAUGUGAGCAUUAUUGAAGCUGGCCACCCACGAGAGGCAAAUUUACCUCCAUGAGGCAGAUUCUUUCUCCUUAACUGUAGAGAUUGAACUACAGGUCAGCUCAAUUUUUCAGUGAGGCAAGGAAGUUCCUUUUAACUAUAAACAUUUUCUUUUGUUUUCACUUCGAAACUAAGAUUUUAACCUUGAGUAUGUUACUUCCCAGAAGCAUUUCCAACCCAUAAACAAAAAGUAUGACUUCAGCAUUGAGGUGUUUAUAUUACAGCGCUGAAUGUCCUGUCAGUCAGGCUUGUUGUGUAUCCUGGGAAAUGUAGUUCUGAAGGGAUGUUUGUAUUUUUGAUCUUAGCAAUUAUUGCAAGAUUCUCGGAUGUAGCUGGUCUUUACACAUAUGAGCCUAAAAGAGAUAAUGUGUGUCUGAGUUUUAGAUAAUCAAUAAAACUCUUUUUUAAUCGAAUAUUGUGUUGAUUUCUUAAAACCGUGUGAGGUUAUUGUCUAAAGGGAAGGUCUGAAUUGGCACACAGAGUACUCUAAAAUAAAUCCCCUUUUAUUAUACAUUUGGAAAUGCUGUGACCUUCCAAGUUAUCUACAAUAUUUUCAAUACCCUGAAAAUCUGACUGAUCUCUAAAGUGCCACUGGACUCAAAUCCUAUUGUUCUUCUGCAUACCAACACGACUACCCACGUAACAGUAUUCCCAAUAUUUUCCAUGAAUAUGUAUCUUUCUCUAUCAAGAGUUAUAGCAGUAUUACCUAAGCUCAAGAGAUGCUCCACAAAUUCACAUUCUGUAACAUAACCUGUAAG